AUGGCCGGACUCUCAAGCUGUUGUUUUCUCUAUCAGGCCUUCAAGUUAUUUGCACUGGCUAUGACUGAUGAAGGCCCUGGCAUGCACCAACGAGAAUCUAAACUGUGGAAUCCUUGCUCUAAGGUCCAAGCCAACAUCAAUGAGGAAAAGUUGGCAGCUCUCCGCAGAUCCUUUGAAGAGGUGAAUUGGGAUGUGGAGUUGAUCCGACAACUGAAGAAGGAAGUUGAUGGGGACUUGGUUGUGCUAGAAGGACAGUUAGCUAAAAUGCAUAGCAAUAUGCGAAUUGAGGAUCACAAUCCCUUGAAUUAUGAUUGUGGAUAUGAAUAUGAGCGACAUCUAGACCGUUGCAAUGAGAACGCACAAAUCACCACAUUCUUAGUGGUCGUUUGCAGUGUUUUGGUUGGUGUUGCACGGUGGGCUGGCAAUUUGCUCAUUGCUAUGUUGCACCUUAUUCUCCGGAUGGCUUGA